AAGAAGCUGGAGCACAACAUUUAAAAAGUACCUCGCGUUUAAAAAUAAAAAAAAGCUGAAGAAGAGGAGAAGGGAGGAGAGAAGCCGGGAGGAACACAAGGCAGCAAUGGAUAGCAGAGUGGCUCACCCUGACCCUGGGAUGGCCUGGAUUCACACACUGCUGCUGGCCACCAUCCAGCACACACACUAGGCUGCUAAACGCCAAUGAGCUCCCAUGUGUUCGUUCAGUCAUGCUCCCUGGUUAUGGAUUCUCACCUUUUCCUGAUUUCCAACCUCACUUUCACGCUUUUCGCUGCCGAGGAGAGAGUCCCAGCAUGUGGAUCCCUGGCUCGGGAGAGUCCCCAGCUCUGAGUGAGGCCCAGGAGGACAGGUCUCUCCUUCACCCGUGCCACCACAAGCACGUCGCUGUGUGCCAGCAGGAAACUUUGGCUUUUAUUGAGCUACAACCACCAGUGACUCCUAAACUAAACGGUCAUGGCUGUCCGAGGCCGACUGUUAUUCCAGACGCACAAUGCACAACACAUCCCCUGCCCCUCAACGGUUACAGCCACACACUGAACGAACUGAAUGAUAUGCAGAACAGCUGCCAAAGGACAGACGAUGAGCAUGAAACAAGGUUGAAUUUGAACUCUUGUACACCUGCAGAUGACGGUGUGCUUGAAUGCCAAGAUGGCAUCAGGAUUUCUAUGCAGGAGCAGCCUGAAAAACCACAAACUGUCACAACAGUAUGUCGUCCUCUCCACUCAGCUCUUAGCCUCCCUCUAUCGUUCCCUCUGUCCUCGCUAUACACAAACAGAGACUCGUGGGAUUCUCAGUUACUAUGCUCCCCAUCUUCACCUGAAGGUCCUGAGUUUCAGAGCCCUAACUCCAGGCAGCCACAGAGGAGAACAUCACAGGGGUCACUGAAAGAGAAGUCUAUCCGGCGAAAGAUGCAGGUUUAUUCCCCAGACAGCGCCAGUGAUGAAUCUCUCAGCAGCCCAAUCCUGGAUGCAGACUACAUCUUCCCCGGACCUUUUGCAUCUUUCUUAGAGGAGGACCUCAGUGGAUUAUCUUCACUAGAGACCGCCACAAGUCCUUCAUCCACAGGUGGUGCUACAGAUCUCCCAAACCUCAAUAACAAUGAUAUUUUACAUCUACCUGCAGAACCAUUGCAAAUAAUAGAGGACUCAUUACCAGGGGUGGGGGAGGACAGCGGGAGUGUAGAGACGUCAAACGCGACAGGGGGCAGCUUUUUGUCACGUGGUCGUCAAGGGGACCAUGAGCGCCGGCGAUUCUCAGCUUCAGAACUGAUAUCCAGACUUCAGCUGUCCCAAAGGAAGAACUCCUUCACCUUGAAGCUGGGGAAGUCGCUGUCUGCUCGGGUCUCCUCCAAGGACCGACAGAGCUCCCACAGCCUCAGCCCAAACCCAGACAAUAAAUCCAACUCCAGGCACCGCAGCUCAGGAGGUUCUUGUGAGAGUGCCCCCCACAGUCCUGUAGGUCCUGAUCCUCCACUGCCCAGCAGUGACAAUGGGAUGCAUCGGUGGAGCUCAAAACUCGGAAUGCGAAAGAAAUCCGUAGAGGAGGACUUGUGCACACUUUCAACUGUCACUAGUUCAAAUCGCUUAUCACGGUUUUUGCCUAGUUCGAUACUGUACCAAGAAUACAGUGAUGUCGCCAUCAACAGAGAGAUCCAGAGGCAGCAGGGGAAGGAGCCAGGCACAGAGGAGGAGGGGCUCAGGUACGAGGGGUCAGACGGGACCCCGUCUCCAUCCAAUCUGUCUCCAUCCAGCUCCUUUCGUUCUUCACGAGGCUCGGCUUUUGCACUGUGGCAGGACAUCCCUGAUGUUCGCACCAGCGGUCAGCUCGAUAACUUCAGCAAUGAGCAGAGGAAAUUACAGGAGGCAAAGUUUGAGUUGGUGACGUCUGAGGCAUCAUACAUACGUAGUUUGAUAAUCGUGGUGGACCACUUCAUGUUGUCACAAGAGCUCGCCGAGUGUCUCGGAGCUCAGGAUAGGCAGUGGCUUUUUUCCAAACUGCCUGAAGUCAAAGAUGUCAGUGAGAGGUUUCUUCAGGACCUGGAGCACCGUCUGGAGGAAGACAUUUUGCGUUUUGAUGUGUGUGACAUUGUCCUGGAUCACUGCCCAGCUCUGCGAAGGGUUUAUUUACCUUAUGUAACCAACCAGGCGUACCAAGAGCAGACGUACCAGCGUUUGCUGCACGAGAACCCUCGUUUCCCUGCCAUCUUGGCCCGUUUGGAGGAGGACCCUAUCUGCCAAAGACUUCCUCUGACCUCUUUUCUAAUCCUCCCGUUCCAGAGGAUCACUCGUCUUAAAAUGCUGGUGGAGAAUAUCUUAAAGAGGACGACACCAGGAUCUCGAGAUGAGGACACUGCCACAAAAGCUUUUAAUGAGCUAAAAAAGAUCAUCAAAGAAUGUAACUCCAGUGUGCAGUCAAUGAAGAGGAUGGAAGAACUCAUCCACCUCAAUAAGAAAAUUAAUUUUGAGGGAAAGAUCUUUCCUCUGAUCUCUCAAUCACGCUGGCUCGUGAAACAUGGUGAACUCCUGGAAGUGGACACUCAAAUGAUGAGUAUUUCGGGAUCAAAACUCAAGUUACCCACCAAGCCUGUGUACCUCCACCUGUUCAAUGAUUGUCUCCUACUGUCCAGGAGGAAAGACACAUGGAAGUUCAUGGUGUUCGUCCAUGCCAAGAUAGGAGAGCUCAAAGUUAAGGAUCUCAGUCAGAAGCUGCAGGGAAUCUCUGGCUUCAUCUUCCACCUGCAACUGUGUGAAGGCCAGCAGCUGAAACACCAGAUCCUGCUCAAAUCACAUACUGAGAGCGGUAAGCACAGAUGGAUCACAGCAAUGUUUCCAUCUAAUCCACUGGAAGACAUCGAGCAAGCCAAUGAGAAUGUUGACAUAUCGCAAGUUCAAUGCAUCAAAAGCUAUCAGGCCCAAGAGCAUGACGAGUUAACACUGGAAAAGGCAGAUAUUCUUCAUGCUAAGAUUAUCACAAGUGAUGGCUGGGUGGAAGGCAUCAGACUGUCCGACGGGGAACGGGGCUGGUUCCCCAAAACCUACGUGGAGGAAAUCACAAGUCGCAGCGCACGCCUCCGCAAUCUCCGAGAGAAUAUCCGCAUCAAAUGUGUCACGCAGAAACUAAAGGGAGAAGACUAGUUUUACUGCAACUUGUUGUGUGUCAAAGGUGCAUUUCAAUUUCUAAGCUACAUUUUUAAAUAUCUGAAUCAUCGUUUUAAUUUUAGAUGGAUGUGGGACCUUCAUAUAGUGUGCACAUGCUAAAACAUUUUUAAGCAUUGUUUGCAUUGUUGCUAAACUUGGUAGCAGCAUUUUCCUUUAGCAUGCUAGCUGUAAAUACAUGCAAAUGCAAGGCUUUUCAUUCUCCAUUACAUUUUGCGUUUAAAAGGCUUUUAUACAAUGAGAGUCUGUUGACAGAAGUUCAGAUCUUUUUUUUAAACAGUUUUGCCACUCUGCAUGCUUCCUGUGAAUGUAUCUCAUGAAAUGUGAGAUUUUCUAGCAUUUCUAUGAUAAACUUGGUAUAUAAGCAUGCACAUUUACCAGCACAGGUAGUACAUGUAAACACAUCCAAAGAUAAAUGUGUGCAUUUCUCAUUUCAUGUGAGAGGAUAACAGUUGCACAAAGCUAACUCAAAGUCUGCACUACAUUCUUUCUUCUAUCAUGUCUCAUGUGGCCAGAAUCUCUCUUUGGACUGUCUUAGGCAGUAAACUGAUCUUAGUGAGGUGCAGGAGAUUCAUUCAUGUAACAUUGCAACAUCAUAAAAUCACCCCGAGGCAGAUCCUGCUGCUGAGCUGCAUCAGGACACAUCAGAGGCCUUUUAUCUUUCUUUUUUUUUUUUUCUUUAUUCCCACUGAGUUCUGCUUUACUUUUGGAAGGCAGAUAAGAAAUGUUGCUCUGUUGUAGAGUAGUUACAAGAAAUGAAUGCCUGAUGCAUGUUUUGUGUUUAAGUCCAUCCAAUAGCUGGAAAUACAACAAACAGAUGAUUUACUGCUGCAUGUUCAAAGAUGUGGAUUGGUAAAUUGCCUCUGAAAAGUACAGAAAGGUGAUUAAAUACUUUUAAGAUGAUUUUCAGGAUUCGAAUGAAAGGCAGAAUAUCCUCUCUACAAGGCCUCACUACACACAUACUUAAUUUCUUUCAACCCACUAAUCUGAUUAAAGGAUUAAGCUGGCAAUAUUUUAUAUAUUUUUUACUGUCAACAAAUCCCAUGAAAAGACUCAAACCAACAAUGAACUUAUAACACCAACAUGUAUUUUCUAGCUACUGUAUGCAUACAGCUCUAUUACUGUCCAAAAACUAUUAAAAACACGUCAGCUGUACUGAGAGACACGUUCCCUCCUUACCAUAAGCACACACACUGGUUUAUUUCUCCCACAUACCACAUACUUCUGCCAUAAAUACUCAUUGAGCACCAAAUGUGUACAAAUCUGCAGCUGUAAAUAGUCCCCAACAAAUGCACUAGUUGUUCCUGUUUGAGUAACCUUAGGCAAAAACUACAGUGCCCAGCUGCUUCAGCUGAUUACCGAGCUUUUUUUUUUUUUUAAAGAAGAAACUAUACAUGUGUGACCUGUUUUUAAAGACGUUGGGUUUAUGGCUGAGAGAGUAACGCAGGGUAAGGUGAUGGGAACCAUUGUUGGUUUUUGUCUUUUCGUGGCAUGGCAAGAAAAAUGUAAAAUAAUACAAGCAUUAACCAUUAAAAAACAUGAAAUGGACUAAUGUACAAAAUCCACUUUGAGACUUUUUUAUAUUGACCACCUGUGUGGUAAAUGUGCAGCUUCACACCUACAUUAAGAGUCACUUCUACAAUUAAAAAAACAUUGACUGGCCCCAGUUUAGCACCAGUAGAAUAAAAGCUAGACAUUAUUGUGUUACACUUAUAACACAGGAUAAAAUCUUACUGUUAUACAAUAAGCACUGAAUUACAUAUAGGCCUACGUCAUCUACAUCAUUCCCCUCAGUAAGUGUAAAAAUCCACAAAUGACCAAUAGCACAGUGUAACUGAGCUGACACCUGUUGUAACAAACCACUGUAAUCAACAUCCAAACAUAAACUCUUCCAGUGGCACAUGAAAUGUUUAUAACUCUAUUUUUUUUUUCUAUGUCUACUUUGCUAGUUGUAAUUUAAGUGGUUGCUGUUGCAGCAUGUGUAUUUAUACUCCUCUAGCUGGUUGUUCUCUAAGGAGAUUCUGAUGUAAAUGUACUUUUCUGUAGAUGGCUACAUGUAUAAAGAAUGAUUCAUUUGGUUCAUUUUUAAAUGGUUCAUUUACAUUUAUGACUGUAAUUUAUAUUAAUAAGAAUCUAUAAUUAUGAUGACCUUCCAUAACUAUAAACUUUGCAGUCAGAUUAAUUUCUAAUAUCACAAUGAAUAUAAAUACUGUAAUAGACUGGAUGUUUACUGGGUCUCCGCACACUACUGUAAAUGUUUAACCAUUGA